CAGACCGCGCAUGCGUGGCAAUGACAGGCCUCUGAUGAAGAGCAGUUAGGAGAUGUCAUUUUGCUUCUUUCUAAUAUAACGAGAGUUCUGGUGGGAAGUAAAUGUCCUUUUUUUUACUCGCUCCCCUAGAGUCAGCGAUGGAGGAGCGUCUAUGGAUGUAGGCUGAACCUUUUCCUGAGUUUUCCCAGUUGGCCUCAUGGCAGCAGUUGGAGUUUUGAGCGCACUGCGCAGGUAUGCGGUCCCUGGUGGUUGGUACAAAUGGCAGGGUCUGUCUCUGACCGGAGGUCAGUGCAGGCAAGUGCACAGCACUGGCUGUCUGUAUGCAAAGAAGAGCUUACUAAAGAAAUUCCUCUCUAAAUCAAAGAAGAAGUUUUGGUAUGAAAGCCCGACAUUGGGAUCGCAAUUGCUUUUUAAGCCCUCCAGUUUGGAGAAUGCGCUGAAACCUCAGCGCAAGUUGCAGAAAGAGCACAGUAUCCGAAUGAGAGCGCUCAACAAUAUGCUUUACAAAGCAAUCACUGAGUUGUUGGACAGUAAUGAAGUCAGCUCAGAGUUAUAUGAUUAUAAAGUUGAGAUAUCUAAAGUAAUGCUGACUGUGGACUUUUCGGCAUGUCGAGCUUACUGGGUGGCAAGCGGUUCAGUGGAAAAAGAUGAUAGUGUUCAGCAACUCUUACAAAAAUGUUCUGCACGUGUAAGGCACCUUAUCAUUUCCCGGCAAGUCAUGGGUAACGUUCCUCCAGUGGUCUUUGUUAAAGACCAACAGCAAUCGGCAAUAGCUGAGGUUGAAAGAUUGUUAGAAAUUGCUGAUUAUGGCUCUGAGAAAGAGACUGUGGACAUUGAGCAAGUUUGGAACCCAGAGCAUUUUAGACAUGGUCCUCCAGACUCCAGUGGGAAACCUGUUUCUCAAGAAUCUACUUCAGCCUCAUCUGAUCUGCCUCUGUCAUCUCUUGAAGUGGAUCAUUUUGGUAUUGACCAUGACUUGCUGAACAGAAAAAUAUUGGAAUACAAAAAGAACAUCAGUGAACGGUCAUCAGAAACAAAUAAUUUUAUAUUAUCGGCACAGCAUCAGGAGCAACUGGAUCACCUUAAAAAAUUGAAGCGAAUAAAAAAGAAAAAAUCCAGGUCUAAAAUUGAUGACACACCUGAGACUUACAUUUUAGAAAAGUACAAUAUGGACUCUGACACUUUCUCAGAUGAGGAAGAGCAGCUGAAAGAAAUAGAUGAAGAAAUGAAGGAACUUGAAACAGAGGAAGAUAAUCCAAAAAGUGCAUUGAAAUUUCUUAAAGAUAUGUAAUUAUUGAAAUGUGUGUUUUGAGGUAUGGGUGUUCUUCCUCUGCUAUUCACUUUAUAUGUUUUUUAAAAAAAGUUAUGUAACUUGAGAUUCCUCUUUAUGAAAAGUUGAGUGCUGUGAUUUUUUUCAUGUGGGAAUCAUUUUCUGGUUCAAUCUGAUUGUUUAUUAAUUACCCCAAAAAACUAUCAAAACAAUGAGUAAUGCAAUUUGAUCAGUGACAUGUAUUGAGGUUAGACCUACAUUUGAUCCAAUAAGUAUAUGAAUGUAGGAGUAUAAAAACUCUCUAACUGGUCCCAAACCAUGAAAGGUAUUAUGCCAUUCAGUUUGUUUUAACUUUGUAAUAUUCCUCUUUCACCAGAAAGAGUCCAUGAGUUCAGCCAUUAGUGGGGAGGUAUUGAGGUCUGUUGAGCAAAACCCAAGAUUUUGUUAUCACUUAAUUUACCCAUAGAACCACUUAGAAUUUCUUUGCCAUGGAUAUUCUUUCAUUUAUUUUUCUUAUUGGUAAAAAUGGUAGUUGAAAGAACCAUUUUUAUUUAAAGCUAGAAAUGGUUCAAAUUUGAAUUCCAUUAUAAGAUGAAUAAUGUUUCCACUUCUAUAACAUUAGACCAUCUGCAUUGACUUUCUGACUUCCAUUUGUCUUUACACAAAAAUACCUCCGCUAUUACCAUGUUGCAUUUCAUAAAGCUAUGUUUAACUGUACCUUUUAACUGAAAGUAAAACAGAUCGUUCUGAAAGAGAAUGAUGUGAAGAUGCCACUUUUGGACUGGGGUGUACAAAGUUAAAAAUCACAACACCAGGUUAUAGUGUAACAGGUUUAUUUGGAAGCGCUAGCUUUCAGUGCUGCUCUUUCAUUAGGUA